AUUUUGCGUUGACAGAAAACGUCACUUCUCACUGUAAACAAUCUACUCCCUUGAACACUUCCAGACGAAAACAUUGAAUAAAGCACAGACUCCUCACUAUUGAGCGCAAUAAAGGCCAUGGCACAAAUAGGGGAGCCGUUGACUCUAGCCAAAGAUAUCAAAAGAUCUAUAGAGCUCUUGGAAAAGCUCCAGAAAAGUGGCGAAGUACCAGCCACCAAGCUGAUAGCCCUGCAGAAAGUUCUGCAAAGUGAUUUUCUGCAUGCUGUUCGCGAAGUGUACGAGCACGUCUACGAAACUGUCGAUGUUCAAGGCUCUCAGGACGUAAGGGCUUCUGCUACUGCUAAGGCCACAGUGGCGGCGUUUGCGGCCAGCGAAGGCCACGCUCAUCCCCGAGUGGUGGAGCUGCCCAAAACUGACGAGGGGUUGGGAUUCAACGUGAUGGGGGGCAAGGAACAGAACUCCCCUAUUUACAUAUCCAGGAUUAUCCCUGGAGGCGUGGCAGACCGACAUGGAGGGCUGAAAAGGGGCGACCAACUAUUGAGCGUCAAUGGAGUGUCUGUGGAAGGCGAAAACCACGAAAAAGCCGUGGAAUUGCUGAAGCAGGCUCAUGGAUCGGUUAAGUUGGUUGUCCGCUACACUCCCAAGGUGUUGGAGGAGAUGGAGUUGAGGUUUGACAAACAGAGGGCUAGAAGAAGGCAACAGUACAACUAAAACAUUUUAAUCCGGUCGUUAGCUAUUACCUGCUUGUUACGGAAGAAUCUCCAAAAAUGUACUUAUUACUAAAAUCAUGUUAGAUGUGCUUCUACUUUAUCUCGUUUAUAUACAUGGGAUGCACGGUAAUUAAUAAUCCUAAUAUAAAUUAGGAAAUACGUAAGCUUUAGCAACGUGAGGAUCAAAGUCUGCUCAUUCCAAACAAAAAACCUGUAUGUAUAUCACAUUAAAUUAUCAACUACAAA